AUGCUCUCUGCUAGAUUACUAAACACUUCUAAAAGAUCAAUCCAUACUUCCACUAUAAAAAUGUCACAAUUCAGAACAGAAUCUGAUGCUUUUGGUGAAUUACAAGUACCAAAUGAUAAAUAUUGGGGUGCUCAAACUCAAAGAUCUUUACAAAAUUUUAAAAUUGGUGGUGAAAGAGAAAAAUUACCUGAACCUCUCAUCAAAGCUUUUGGUGUUUUAAAGAAAUCAACUGCUAUUGUUAAUGAAAAAUUUGGUACUUUAAAACCUGAAUUAGCUCAAGCUAUUCAACAAGCUGCUGAUGAAGUCGCCAGUGGUAAAUUAAAAGAUCAUUUCCCAUUAGUUGUUUUCCAAACUGGUUCUGGUACUCAAUCAAAUAUGAAUGCUAAUGAAGUUAUUUCCAAUAGAGCUAUUGAAAUUCUUGGUGGUAAAUUAGGUUCUAAAACACCAGUUCAUCCAAAUGAUCAUGUUAAUCAAUCUCAAUCUUCAAAUGAUACUUUCCCAACUGUUAUGCAUAUUGCAGCUGUUCAAGAAAUUACAAAUCAUUUAUUACCAGAAUUACAACUUUUACAAAAGGCAUUACAAUCAAAAUCUGAUGAAUUUAAUGAUAUUAUCAAGAUUGGUAGAACUCAUUUACAAGAUGCUACUCCUUUAACUCUUGGUCAAGAAUUUAGUGGUUAUGUUCAACAAGUUGCUAAUGGUAUCAAGAGAGUUGAAUCAACAUUACCAAAUUUAAAAUUCUUAGCUCAAGGUGGUACCGCGGUUGGUACAGGAUUAAACACCAAGAUUGGAUUCCCAGAAGCUGUUGCAGAAGAAGUUUCUAAAAUUACAGGUAUUGAAUUCCAAACUGCCCCAAAUAAAUUUGAAGCUCUUGCAGCUCAUGAUGCAAUUGUUGAAGCAUCAGGUGCUUUAAACACUUUAGCUGUUUCAUUAUAUAAAAUUGCAAAUGAUAUUAGAUAUUUAGGUUCAGGUCCAAGAUGUGGUUAUGGAGAAUUAUCAUUACCAGAAAAUGAACCAGGUUCAUCAAUCAUGCCAGGUAAAGUUAAUCCAACUCAAAAUGAAGCGUUAACAAUGGUUGCUACUCAAGUGUUUGGUAAUCAUUCAGCAAUUACAUUUGCAGGUGCAUCAGGUCAAUUUGAAUUAAAUGUUUUCAAACCUGUUAUGAUUCAAAAUUUAUUAAGUUCUGUUAGAUUAUUAGCUGAUGGUUCAAAUUCAUUUAGAUUAAAUUGUGUUGAUGGUAUUAAGGCAAAUCGUGAAAAAAUUGAAAAAACUUUACAUGAAUCAUUAAUGCUUGUUACUGCAUUAAAUCCAAAAAUUGGUUAUGAUAUGGCUUCAAAAGUUGCUAAGAAUGCUCAUAAAAAGGGUUUAACUUUAAAAGAAUCUGCUUUAGAAUUAAAUGCUUUAACUUCUGAAGAAUUUGAUCAAUUUGUUAGACCUGAAUUAAUGAUUGGUCCAAAGAAAUAG